GACACGUCCUGAAUGCAUUGCAGGUAGCAACUCUGAGUCACACUGCGAACGUAACAUGGCAAUCCGCCCGCUAAGUGCCGAACUGCAAGCAAUAGCACGUGAGGAGUUGAACGAGGAUCCUGCCAGAUUGGAACAAGAUUUAAAGUACUUGAGGGAAUGGCUGGCCAAACAACCCCAUCUUAUACCCAGGACAGACUCACAAUGGCUAAUAACAUUUCUUCGUGGCUGUAAGUUCUCUCUGGAACGCACCAAGUCCAAGAUAGAAAUGUUCUACACACUGAGAACCGCGUUGCCGGAGUUUUUCACGAAUCGUGACCCGAUGUUGCCAGAGAUUCAAAACGUCCUCAAAUCAGG